AUGGAUCACUGCGCGUCGGUCCUUUUGGCCUUCCCUACCGAAGAGGCUUCAAAGGCCGAUAAUGAGACGUACAACAAGGCCGUCAAGGCGCACAUCUCCAACAUCAACUCUCUUUUCAAGGAGCGUAGCGCCGUGAUCGGAGACAAUGCCUACAAUUUAUUAGACCUGCUCAACCCGGCGGUAAACUCAUUAUCAUACCUCUUUCUACUUGCCGCUUUACUGCCGCAAGGUACGAAGAAUGCCGACUACGACAAGCAAUUCGCAGAGCGUGUCAUUCUCUUCUUCCGGCGCUUCGACCCUCGACAGAUCCGGUACAUGGGCGUUGCAUUUUCCGACCUCUUUUCCGCCACUGGUCGACGUAAUGUCAUGCCACCAACCAUAGCCGUUCCCAUCUUGGCCGACGCCCUGCUUCGCCUCGAUCCCUCGGGUUCCGUACUUACAUCAAACCACAUCUUCCUAAUGAAGCUAGCGUAUAACAGCAACGUUAUCGGGCCUGCACUUCGGGUUGCCGCCAAACGUAUUGUUCACUACCCGGGAAUGAUAAAUCCACCAGACCCCAAGGCCCUGAUUCUAUGUGAUCUUCGUCUCCCGCCGUCAUCCUACAUAUCCCAAGACACUGGCUUCACCACGAGGCUCACGGCGCUCCAGGUCCUUGAGUACGACUGGCUUGUCGGCUUGCUGUACUGCGCGGCCCGGGACUGGCCGGCAGCACAGGCAGCUUUUGCUCGCGCAGCGUCACACCCCUCCCGGGACUCGGGCGUGAGCAAAGUUAUGCUCGAGGCGUUCAAGAAGUGGGUGCUGGUCAGCCUGUUGGCAGAAGGCCGCAUCACCACACCCGGCGGGUUUCCGCAAUACAUCAGCCAGGCCUCCGCCAGGACGUUUGGUAUCAUGGCCCGGCCUUACGCGGCCGUUGCGAAGCGCUUCGAGUCGGCUGAUGCCGACGCUCUUCGACUCGCGGUUGAAGUUUCUACCCAGCAGUUUGCCGAAGACGGCAACGAGGGUCUGAUAGCUGAGGUCCUUGAGUCGCACCAGAAGUGGCAGAUUGUACGCCUCCGAGAAGUUUACUCAAAGGUCUCUCUCGCCGAGAUCAACGCGAAGACAAAGAGUGCUGUCACCGGUGCCCCAGUCGGCAGCGAGGAGGAGUUGACGCAGCUUAUUGAGACUAUGAUCGCCUCGGGAAUGCUGAGGGCUGCCAUCGAACCACCUCGAGCAACCGGCAGCGACGGCACAACCACGCCCGCCUGCCUGGCGUUCCUGGCAGAGGAGGCCGACACUACGGAGCAGGAGGUAGCCCAGCGGAUAGCCCAGUCCGUCGAGCGCAUCAAGCAACUCGGAGCGGUCUACAACGCUACCAAGGAGCGGCUGGCCACGAGCAGGGAGUACAUUAGGCACGCUGUAAAGGACCAGAAACGCGAGAAGGACAACCGAGAGGGCGGCUUCGAGACGCAGAUCGAGGACGAGGAUCUAAUGUCCGGCAUAGUAUCUGGGCAGUAG